UGCGAGAGACACGCUCGCGUGAUGCUGCUGUUGUUGCCGCGCACCGUCGUAUGUUGUCAUUCCGCUGGCCACUUACCCUUUUUGAUGACAUCGGGCGUGUUUAACCGUGUACGCAACGGCGGUCGAGGACGGGACACCGUAUACCGCGCACGCGGCUCAGGCAACAGCAACAAGUCGUUACGUCAUUCCCGGAACCGCAAGGGGGCUGCCUACUAGCGACAGAUCGCCGCUCGCGGCUCUCGCACAACGUUCUUGCGCUCCCAGUGAUAAGCGGAUCCUCGUAGACAACAGAAGGUAUUCAGAUAUUUUCGUAUAUUUAAUAAUUUCUAUUUUAUAAUACAGUUGAUUUUUUGUCGCUUUUCAAAGGUCAGCUUAACGCACUCAUGUUUCUUACAUCUUUUGUUUGUUUUGUUUGUGUUUUUUCUUUUUUUAUUUUAUGUUUUGCACUUUUCUGUUCAAAUAUGAUGACGAAUACUGAUGUGAUCUGUAGCAGCUCUCGCCCUGCUGUAAACAAGGGCACUCGCAUUUAAGCCCAAUUCAUUUCCCUGUACCACCACUCCUCAUUCUCUCUCUCUCUUUCUCUCUUUCUUUCUCUCUGCCUCGGUAUCGAUACCUUUCUCUCUAUAUGCUGGAUUAAUACACACACUAUGGGUAGUAGUGUGAUUGCUGGCUUCCUUGAUAAUCUGGCUGGCGUGCCUGUUCCGGUGACCAGUAGUAUCCUUAUAUGCCUCCAUAGUGUAUCUUCCAAGCACUGCAUUCGCCGGCAGUAGGUAUGAGAUUUCCAGAGUGUUCCAAAGUGUACGAGCGAACGAGCUGUGCCGUACGAGGGUGCAGUAGUAACUGCAAAGCGCGAAGCUAGGCUGGCUGCGAGGACAAUGCAGUAGGCAAGUGUUGCUUUGCCUCCCGUGAUCCCUCCUCCUUUUCAACCCAAAAAGGGGGAGCGGCAGAACAGGCAGGAGUAAAGGUGUGACGUAGCUGCGGGUUGUUCCCCCUUCCCCUCCCCUCUCUCCUUUCGGCCCUAUCAUGGCCAGCACAAACCAGAACCAACCGAUAGAGAUGCUAACGCUAGAACCGGCGCAGACACCAUACAUGACCGACGGUACGAUAGCAGCUCCGCUGCAUCCAGCCGUGUACUGCGACAAGGAUGCGGAUCGGUCUACGGCAUGGCUGGCACGCGGCGAUACGACCCCAAAUACGACCCCGGUCAGUACGGUGUUGCACUCGCCUGAACCGGCUACCAUGGCUGAACUCGAGGCAAAGAUACGCUUCCAGGCACGCCACCAGAUUCAGGUUGGUCGUAGCCCGGUCGGUAGCGGCAAUGGCGCUAGUGCUAGCACCGGUGGCGUCGGCGGUGUCGGCGACUGCCGUGGUGACGGUAGCGGCGGUAAUGGCGGUGGGCACAACGGCAGCAGUGACUCGACGACCGCAUCCAGCCCGGUACUGCACAUGCUGGGUACCGUGGGUAUCGGAAGUGCGACAUUCGGCGGUGGGUCGUACGAGCAAUACUCGCACAUCCAACGGGCGCACCCCAGUCAGCAACAUCAACCCCGAUACGCCUCACAAUCGUUGCUAUCCGACGGUGAGAUUGUCGUGUUCGACGAUAUCGAGGCGAACUGGCCGUUGGGAGCGGGCUGCGCAAAUGAUGAUGAUAUCGAGCUGGCGCUGGUUAUGGCCGAUAGUCAUCGCCGAUCGGGCAGUGCGAUACGGGAGCAGAGCCCCAGGCGUACGACCCCGCACGACGCUGGCCAAUCGAAACACCAAACCAUCAUCGGGGGGCUUACGAUCGCCGAGUACGAUGGUUCACCGAGGCGCUUCGGUAGCGUCUACUCUAACGAUUACCCGCCCUCGGAUGGUCUCAUCUUUUACAAGGCGGCCUGCGGUAUGGCGCGACCCGGUUUUCCGAAGCGGAUUAGCCGGGAACCCGAACAUACCCACCCCGAUACAGAUGGACGAGCCGAGCUUGAUUCGCGCCGGUCGAAGCUGAUUGAUUUGGAUAUUGACCACGAAGCGAGCAGCUACGGUCAAGUAACCAUGAAUGGCAGUGAUUCAAAUGAUGUUGCGUUUGACCUACAUACCAAAUACUAUAGCCAGCAGCAACAGCAGCAGGCGGUACACCAGCACCAGCAGCACCAAGUAGAGGAGGAACACCUGCAACAGGGAAGCAAUCUGAAUCUUCACGACUUUGCGCUCUCGCCAGAGACGGACUACGCUUCGAGCUGCGGCGUGGAUCUUACCCUCGAAGCAGCGCUACAUUACGCUUCUAACGAUUAUGGAAGCUCGCAUAAAGCAUACACUACUACGGCCGGCGGUGUGUUGGAUUGUGGUACUACCAAGGAUGUCCUCACGGCGGCCGAGUACGGGCGAAUGUGCAAUAGUAUGCCGAUCCUGGAGGACGGGCUAUCCAGUGGCCAUGCGUCCGAUUCGGAGGGCAAUGGCCAACAAAGCGGUACAUUGGGAGUCGCCGCCAGUCAGGCCGAUACGGCCCAGAUAAGCUCAAUGUACCCAGUGGCCCCAGCAUCAUCCGGUACGAGUCCAGCCGAGGUGUCCAGCGGAUUUCAUCCCGGUGGCGCAACCGUCCUAACGGAUGACGUGCAGCAGGCCCUCAACGACAUCAAGCUCACACUGCGAAAAACCAAAACACUGCCCUCCCUGUCCCUGCAGGAUAGUGCUCAGCGAUGCGAUUCUGGUUCUGCGACCAACCUCGAUGGCUCACCGAUCUGGGUGCUCAGGUCGUUAACGGAGUCGGAAUCGAAUGAGCUGAUCGAACGUGACACCGUACACGAUGAUGCAGCGAGCGCUGCCCGGCUACUGAAUGUCGCCGACGAGGAGGAAACCGACACCGACCUAGAGACUGACCGACUACUGGGCCAUCAGCAACAUGUCGGUGCCGAUCUUCCGGCCGCUGAUGGGGAAUCAGCGGUGUCACUAGCAACGAUCAAGCGCAAUCACACGGCUAUAAGGGCCGACACCGGUGCAUGCAUUGCUGGCAACAUUCCGAUUGACAGUCUUCCAGAAAUCGAAAGCAAAGGAAGGCAUAAAACAAGAGAAGGCCUCCUGGAUCCGGCAGUCCUGAUCGAAGGCGUCCUGUUCCGAGCCCGAUAUCUAGGAUCAACGCAGCUGGUGUGCGAGGGCCAACCAACGAAGUCGACCCGCAUGAUGCAGGCCGAGGAAGCGGUCUCCCGAAUAAAGGCACCGGAAGGGGAAUCGCAACCGAGCACCGAAGUGGAUCUGUUCAUCUCGACGGAGAAGAUUAUGGUGCUGAAUACGGACCUGAAGGAGAUCAUGAUGGACCACGCGCUGCGUACGAUCUCGUACAUCGCCGACAUCGGUCAAUUGGUGGUGCUGAUGGCGCGUCGACGAUUCGUGGGCCACGAGUCGACGGCUGCGACGGCGCCCGGGUCAGCAGCCGCAGCCAGCGAACCUACGGCCAACGAAAGCAGCAGAGCGGGUGGUAGUGGUGCGGAAGGAAUCGGUCCAACCACCUGCACCGGGCCUGAUACUCCAAAGAAACGAUUGUCUGCUGGCUUCGGUGGUGGUGGUGGUGGUGUACGCACCAACCGUACGCCCAAAAUGAUUUGCCACGUGUUCGAGAGCGAGGAAGCGCAGUUCAUCGCGCAGAGCAUCGGCCAAGCGUUUCAGGUGGCCUACAUGGAGUUCCUGAAGGCGAACGGAAUUGAGGACCACAGCUUCAUGAAGGAGAUGGACUACCAGGAGGUGCUGAACAGCCAGGAGAUCUUCGGUGACGAGCUGGAGAUCUUCGCCAAGAAGGAGCUGCAGAAAGAGGUGGUGGUGCCGAAGGCGAAAGGCGAGAUCCUGGGCGUGGUGAUCGUCGAGUCCGGCUGGGGCUCGAUGCUGCCGACGGUGGUGAUCGCUAACCUCGCGUCGACCGGGGCGGCUGCCCGCUGCGGCCAGCUUAAUAUCGGCGAUCAGAUCAUUGCGAUCAACGGGCUGAGCCUUGUCGGGUUGCCGCUUUCUACUUGUCAGACCUACAUUAAAAACACGAAAAACCAAACGGCCGUCAAGUUCACCGUCGUCCCGUGCGCACCGGUGGUGGAAGUAAAGAUUAAGCGGCCCAAUACUAAGUACCAGCUAGGCUUUAGUGUGCAGAAUGGAGUGAUUUGCAGCCUGCUCCGGGGUGGUAUCGCUGAACGGGGUGGUGUCCGGGUCGGUCAUCGAAUAAUCGAAAUCAAUAACCAAAGUGUCGUCGCUGUGCCGCAUGAGAAGAUUGUAAACUUGCUCGCCACCUCCGUCGGUGAAAUUCUGAUGAAGACCAUGCCCACGUCAAUGUUUCGUCUGCUAACCGGUCAAGAAAAUCCAAUCUACAUCUAGGAAUGUUCCACACAGACUGCCGUGAACAACCAGUGAUUGGUUGAUUAGGGAUCACAAUAUUUGCGGAACCAACACGAUCUGUAAUGCCGAUACGGAAAGGAAGCCAGGUCUUUGUAAGAAUCUAAUAACCCUUGUUGAUUAAAAUAAACAAUGGCAUAGAAUGAAUUCCAUGCCAAAACAACAGCAACAAGAUUUCUGCAGGAUGUUUCGCAGAAGCAGUCUCUGGUAGAUA